AUGAAUGCAAUAAAACCAACGCUCACAAAAGCCCGUUCUCAAAUAUCCAAGCUCCUUGGAUCGCCAUCUCAAUUGGCUUCGUUAGAACGGUUGACCCCUUUGAGAGUCACAGAAGAACCGGACUAUUACAACUCGGGCGGGUUUCAUCCCAUUACCUUAGGCGAUACAUUCAAUUCCGAUCAGUAUACCAUCCUGAGGAAGCUCGGGUAUGGGCAAUACUCUACAGUUUGGUUGGCUAGGGAUUCAAGAUAUCAAAGAUUUGUGGCACUCAAGAUCCUGAGGGCGGACUGUUAUGGUGGGCCUCAUGAUAUCUUUGAGCGAGAGAUUCUUUCGCGAAUCUCGGAGGUUUCUGCGAAAAGCACCCAUGAAGGCCGCAACUAUGUAUCAGGUCUUCUCGACCAUUUCAAGCACACGGGGCCCAACGGAGAUCAUGUGUGCUUUGUCUUCGAUGUAUUAGGGCAUCAUAUGGAUUUCCAGGCCGCUAAAUACGAAGAUGGAAAACUACCCGUGAAGGCUGUCAAAGUAAUUGUACGGCAGCUUCUGCUGGGGCUUGACUUUCUUCACAGAGAAUGCGGCAUUGUUCACACAGACCUGAAACCAACAAAUAUACUUCUCGAGUUGGAAAAUCAGAAAGAUGCUGUUUCUCAAUAUCUGGCGAAGGUUCCCCGGCGCACGGGAACCAAAGAUGGUGGCACAGUGCCUCUGCGUGAGGUUAUCACGACACCUCUCAUCGGAGAGAUGGAAAAACCUCAUAUCAGAAUAAUUGAUUUUGGCGUGGCGUCUUGGAGGGAAAACCACCUGUCAGAAAUGAUCCAGUCCUCGGCUCUGAGGGCCCCGGAGGUGACUAUCGGCGCGCCCUGGGAUGUUGGGGUUGAUAUCUGGAGUCUCGGAUGCCUUGUCGUGGAGUUUGCUCAGGGGAUAGUUUUGUUCUCCGGCGAGGCAUCACGGAACGGGUCUUGGACCGCUGAAGAUGAUCAUCUGGCGAGAAUUUCCGAGGUUCUUGGCCCUUUCCCGCUUCAAUUCCUAGAAAAGGGCAACCGUACCGCGCAUUUCUUCGACAAAAAUGGAAACCUUAUUCGAAUUCCGGAUCUCAAACCCACAAGUCUUGAGCGCCUGGUCAAUGGCGCAACAAAGCCUUUCCUCAAACCUAGCGACAUGCCCCAGGUCGAGGUCCCCAUCUUCGUCGAUUUCCUAAGAGGCAUGCUUGAAAUCGACCCAGGGUCUCGAAAGUCGGCGUCAGAGCUUCUCCAACAUGAAUGGUUGAAUCCAAGGAACGGGUGAAGGCAGCCUGGUGGCAAGAGAAGAGCGCCACUAGGCGCUGACUCCGUAGAUUAUACAUCUUUCGACGGAGGAUGUGCCAAUCGUGAUUCUGUUGAGGCGUUCUCAUAACUCUUGAAGUUGG